AUGCCUGAUUCGAGUGAAACUGGCGCGGGAUCGGGAGCCGCACCAUCGAAGGCCGCACAAUUAAGGUCACUAAAACAAAAACGCUCACAGGUAAAGUCUCAGUGCACAAGGUGCGCAACGUAUUUGGGCGGAUUGGACGCGCAAAAUACGUCGGUCGUCGAAUUGCGUCAAAGGCUUAAAAAAUUCAGCGAGACGUGGAACGACUUCAACACAGUGCAAACGGCGAUCGAAGAGAUACAGGACAGUCCGGAAGAUGCGAGAGGCCACGACGAAGAAAGAGCUACAUUCGAAGAAAGAUACUUCCAGAUCGCAACGGAGCUCGAAAUAUUAAUUGAAAACAAGACGAGGAAUCAAAUGCUUACCGCAGACCACACUACACAAUUACCAAGAGGGGGAACGCCGGCUACUCAAGGAAGCGUGGGUAUUAAUGAUCACUUAAAAUUACCGCGCGUUAACCUCCCCACAUUUGCAGGCGCUUUUGAAGAGUGGAUGCCGUUUAGAAAUAUGUUCCAGAGCAUGAUCGAUAAUAACACAUCAUUGCCCGAGGUUCAAAAAAUGCAGUACUUAAUGUCGGCGUUAAGAGGUGAAGCGCGCGAUGUAGUGGGCUCGCUCGAGGUAGCGGACGAAAAUUAUAUUGAAGCUUGGGAAAUGCUUAAAGAAAGGUACGAUGACCCUGGCUUGAUAAUUCAAAAGCACAUCCGUGCGUUAUUCGAUGUUCCAACGAUCGUCAAGGAAAACCAUCUACUCAUACGACGAUUACUGGACAACGUUCUGAAGCACUUACGAGCUCUUAAAGCAUUAAAAAGGCCCACGGAUUACUGGGAUGAUUUGGUCAUUCACCUGGUGACAAGCCGGUUAGAUCCCAAAACGAGCAGAGCUUGGGAAGUCACCCUUAAGCGGGGAGAGAUACCUACCCUCAAGCAAUUGACGGAUUUUCUCGCACAGCACAGUAAGGCCUUGGAGGCAUCAGUCCGCACAGCUCGAACAGGAUCCUCAAGCACGAGCCAAGACAGGAUUGGCCAAGCCAGGGCCACAACCGCGAACAUAGCCACAACCAAUAACAAGUGCGCUUACUGCGAAAAGGAAAACCAUGCUAUAUACAAAUGCGAAGACUAUCUACGGCUGGAUGUAAGUCAGCGAAUAAAAGAGGCUAGAUCACGCAGGUUAUGCUUAAAUUGCUUAAAGGCUGCAUCUCACCAAACCAAGCAUUGUAACGUAAAGCCGUGUCGCCAAUGCAACAAACGGCACAAUACGUUGCUUCAUCUUGAGCAAGCAUUGAUUAAGAAGGCGGAAACGUUAACGGAAAGCUCAAGCGCUGCGGUGGGAAAGAUAGUAGCGACAUCCUUAAACCACGCCGCAAGCGUGCAAAACAAACAAGUGUUACUGGCGACAGCCGUGGUCAAGGUAACGGAUAGCAGAGGCAACGAGGUGCUUUGCAGAGCAUUAUUGGACAGCGGGGCUCAGUCUUGUUUUAUAACUAGCAGUUGCGCGAAGAAAUUAGCCCUCGAACAGUUUGGUGCUUACACUCCAGUGCGUUGCCUCGGAGAACUGUCCACACGAACGAAUAAAAGAGUCAGAAUAAAGCUACAAUCAAGAAUCAAUAAGUUCAAGGCGGAUCUCGAUUGCCUAAUCAUAGAUCAGAUCAUACAGUUCAUGCCUGACGAUACGAUUAAUACCAAUGAUAUUCAAAUUCCGGAGGGCAUUAUUUUGGCAGAUCCAGAAUUCUAUGAACCCGCAAGAGUUGACUUGCUUUUGGGAGCAGAAAUUUUUUUUGACAUCAUGUGCAUCGGCAGAAUCAAGCUCUCGACGGCGCAACCAACGUGGCAAAAAACAUUGCUCGGCUGGAUAAUUAGUGGCAGCCUCGUGACGACAGCUCGGAAACAAAAUGGCACGAUGUGCAAUUUAGCAAUCUAUGAUCAAUUGAACGCAAAUCUCACUCGAUUUUGGCAAAUCGAACACAACGAAAGGCAAAGCACCGGGUCCCCGGAGGAGCGCGCAUGCGAAAAGCACUUCGCCAACACAUAUAAACGAAAUAAAGAAGGAAGGUUUAUAGUGUCCAUGCCAAUAAAAGAGGAUCGACUUCAAGAGCUUGGAGAGUCCCGCGAACGGGCUGUUCAGCGAUUCAGAAACCUUGAAAGAAAAUUUACAAGGCAGCCGCAAUUGAAGCAGGAAUAUGCUAGAUUCAUACACGAAUAUCUAAAAUUAAAGCAUAUGAAAGAAAUUCGAAAGGAUGACGCUAGAUGGAAUGCGCAACCACAAUGCUAUCUUCCACAUCAUUGCGUCAUAAAGGAAACAAGUUCGACUACAAAAUUAAGAGUAGUAUUCGAUGCAUCCAGCAAAGAUACAAAGGGCGUCUCAUUAAAUGAUAUCCUGAUGGUAGGACCGGUGCUGCAACAAGACCUUGUGUCAAUCUUGUUAAGAUUCCGAAGUUUUAAGUAUGUAAUAACGGGCGACAUAGCUAAAAUGUAUCGUCAAAUACUCAUCACGGACGAUCAAACAGCACUUCAACGUAUUGCCUGGAGAGACGAUCCAAACCAAGAGCUUAAAACUUACGAACUAUUAACGUUAACAUACGGAACAGCGCCAGCAUCCUUCUUGGCAACUAAAGUUAUUUAUCAAUUGGCCGAGUUAGAGGAAAAUCGAUUCCCAAAAGGUGCAGCAAUUGCACGAAGAGACUUCUACAUGGACGACCUUAUAACGGGUGCUAACUCGAUAGAAGAGGCGGUCGUGGGUCGUGACCAGGUGGCAGCGUUGUUACAAAAGGGAGGAUUUACGCUUAGGAAAUGGGCGUCCAAUCAUCCGGAGCUACUAAAAAGCAUUCAAGGGUGCACAACCGACGGCACAAUUAUGGAGCUGGAUAAAGACGGUGCAGCAAAGACGUUGGGCGUGAAAUGGAAUCACGAAAAGGAUGUGUUCCAAUACUCCAUCAAAAUAGCGUGCCCUACAUCAUGCACAAAGCGUCAAAUGCUUUCCGGCAUAGCCCAAAUAUUUGACCCUGUCGGACUAUUGGCGCCAGUAAUACUAACAGCAAAACUACUAAUUCAAGAACUGUGGAGAUUGCAAUUAGGUUGGGACGAGUCAUUGCCCACGGAUGUAUUCACGAAAUGGUCAAAUUACGUUACGGACAUACAAUGUUUGAACGAGUUCUGUGUCCAGCGACGAGUCAUGGAGGACGCAAAGACGUCGCCCCAACUUCACGGAUUUUGUGAUGCCAGUGAGAAGGCGUAUGGCGCAUGCAUUUAUGUGCGAAGCCUCGAUCGGAAUAACAUGGUUCGGACACAAUUAUUGUGUGCAAAGUCCAGGGUAGCCCCACUUAAAGCGGUAUCCAUCCCGAGGUUGGAGUUAUGCGGAGCUCAGCUGCUGGUGCAAUUAACAAACAAAGUCAAGACUUCGUGUGAUAUCAAAAUAGAAAAGGUCUAUUAUUGGACGGACUCUUCGAUAGUAUUACAUUGGAUUAAAGCAACUAACAAGAAGCUUCCAGUAUUUGUGGCUCAUAGGGUAGGAGAGAUCCAGGAGUUCACAUCCAUUGAGGACUGGAAUCAUGUAGGAACAAAAGAAAAUCCAGCAGACUUGGUUUCCCGAGGCGUCGUACCAAAGGAGCUAUGCGAGUCGCAAUUAUGGUGGCACGGGCCUAUAUGGCUAAAAGACCAAGUUCAAAUCGAUCGUCGAGCAGAUGUCGAAGAUAUUGACGACGAGCCAGAACAGCAGAACGACCGGGUGAUAGUGGCAAUGGUCAAACAAGCAAAGGAUAACAUCGUGAGUCGAUUCUCCAGUCUUCAAAAACUCGUUCGGGUUACGGCUACAUGCAUAAAAUUUCCGUGGCUUUGUAAGAAGGGAAGCGAAGUAAAAGCAUCGCAGCCGUUAACAGUCGAAGAAUUGGAGCAGGCCAAAAAACGCAUAGUCAAAAUGGAACAACUAAGCGCAUUCGGGCCGGAAAUGCGAGCCUUGUGCGAGAGACAAGCCAUAGGAAGUAGUAGCAAGCUAAAGCAUCUCAACCCAUUUCUAGACAACGACGGCCUACUGCGCGUAGGGGGUAGGUUACAACACGCGGAAUUACCAUACGAAACCAAGCAUCCGUUAGUAUUACCCCAUCACUCGAAACUUACCGAGCUAAUAAUACUGCACGAGCAUACGAGACAUUUUCACGCAGGCGCGGACGCGACAUUAGCGGCGGUGCGACAAUUGUACUGGCCUCUCAAGGCGCGCGGUGCGGUUAGGAAAAUAACUCGCACAUGUAUUAAGUGUUUUAGGUUAAGUCCUCGCAAUUCAGAGCAAAUAAUGGGAAGUUUGCCAAUUAGUAGGGUCACCCCGUCAAGACCGUUUGCGAAUACGGGCGUGGAUUUCUGCGGUCCCAUAUAUGUACGUGAACGCAGGGGGAGAGGGGCCAAGCGUGUCAAAGCCUACGUAGCAGUAUUCAUAUGUAUGGCGGUCAAAGCCGUGCAUUUGGAAGUAGUUUCGGACCUGACUACAGACGCAUUCCUUAACGCCUUCAAACGAUUCAUUAGUCGGAGAGGAAAGCCAACCAACGUGUACUCAGAUAACGGCACCAAUUUCAUUGGAGCAAAUCGCGAGCUGGAAAAGUGUCUAGAGUUGUUUCGCUCGGAACAAUCAAAGCGCAAGAUCUUGGAUCACGGAGCGCUAGAGAAAAUUAAAUGGCACUUCAUUCCGGCACGGGCGCCUCAUUUCGGAGGCCUAUGGGAGGCUGCGGUGAAAGCCUGCAAGACUCAUUUCUACAAGACAGCUGCAGAAGCAGCCAUGACAUUCGAAGAAGCCUCUACGCUCGUAGCUCAAAUAAAGGCUAUUCUAAAUUCACGUCCUAUAACAGCAUUGUCCGAUGACCCCAACGAUUUGAGUUUCCUAUCUCCCGGCCACUUUCUUAUAGGAGACGCUUUGACAUCUUAUCCAGAGGGAGAUGUGUUGGAAAUAAAAGUCAACAGACUAUCAAGGUGGCAAAUGGUGGAGAGAAUACGCCAACAUUUUUGGAAAAGAUGGUCCUCGGAAUAUCUACUCAACCUACAGCGGCGAAACAAAUGGUUGUCAAAUACAGGCCCUCAAAUAAAGGUUGGUCAAUUAGUCGUGUGUCGAGAAGACGGCUUACCACCGUUGAAAUGGGCUCUCGGCCGAGUGCAAUCUGUAUAUCCCGGAACGGAUGGAGUAGUUAGAACGGCAACGAUCAGGACUGCCACCGGCGAGUAUAAGCGUCCAGCCGCCAAAUUAUGUAUACUUCCCGUAGAAGACAGUACAAAUAGUAGUAAGGAAUAA